CAUACGGGACGCGACGCGACGCUGCAGCGCGCAGUCCCGCGCGCUGGGUGAGAGCGGAGGUUGGCGAAGACGAGGAGCAGAGCUAGUGGCUUCGUUCUUUUCCCGGGCUUUUCUCCCAUUCAUCCACACCCGGUCUCGCUGCGGUGGGAUCGAUCCUAUUCUUAGGCCGCGGCCGGACCAAACCGGGACGGUUAAGCGAGGGCCGCACGUUCGCGCGCGGGGGGUGCUCUAUGGCCGCGGCCGCAACGACGACGACGACGUCGUCCACCGCAACCACCUGCUCCUCGUCGUCGACCAGCCCCAUCCAGCCGGCCGUGCCGCACCGGCGGCGGCUCAACGACAUCGAGCGCGUCGACUACGCGCACGCGGCGGCGGACGACUGCGCCGGCGUCGUCGCGCUCGACGCCUCCGCGGACGACGGCGAGGGCGGGCACGGGCACGGGCCCGUCACGCCGCGCAGCGGGAGGGCGGCGCUGCUGUUGGCGCGCAGGAAGCGCGCGUGGGUCGUCGUGGGCGCCGUCGGGGCGGGAGGGCAGGCGUGGAUGAGGGCCGUCGUGCUGUGCCUGCUCGUCCUCGUCGCGGUCGUCGGGUUCCUGGGAUCGCACCGGCGAGGCGGCGGCGCGGGCUCUGUCGCCGGCGGCGGCGGCGGCGGCGGCGACGACGACGACGGCGGGAGGCUCGUCAAGAGGGUGGAGGUGGCCGAUGCCGACGUGAUGGGGUGGACGGAGGAGAACCUGACGGCUCUCACGCGCCGCCCGCCCGACCCGCCGAUACCUGAGAUAUGGAUGAAGCCAGACAGUGAGGGUUAUAGCCAGUGCAUUGAACGCCCAAAGAAUCAUCGCAGGACUAACAAUGCAACUGUUGGCUAUCUAAUUGUUGAUGCAAACGGGGGGCUAAACCAGAUGAGAAUGGGGAUAAGUGAUAUGGUUGCAGUGUCAAAGAUCAUGAAUGCAUCACUAGUAAUUCCCACUCUAGAUCAUCAGUCAUUCUGGACUGAUCCAAGUGAUUUCAAAGAUAUAUUCGAUGUUGAGCACUUCAAGGAAAUAUUAAAGGAAGAUAUUGUAAUUGUGGAUUCCCUUCCACCAGCUUACAAAAGGGUGAAACCCUAUAUGAGAGCACCUACCUCUUGGUCCAGGGCCUCCUUUUACAGAGAUUUUUCAAGGAUACUAAAGAGGUACAAAGUAGUGAGGUUUACCCACACAGAUUCACGUAUAGUGAAUAAUGGUCUUGCCCCUUCCCUCCAACGUCUCCGUUGUCGUGCGAAUUACAAAGCACUUCAAUACAGGAAGGAAAUAGAGGAGCUCGGUCACACCCUAGUAGAUAGACUUAGAAAUGGAACGGAUCAUUAUAUUGCACUUCAUUUAAGAUAUGAGAAAGACAUGUUGUCCUUCACUGGUUGCAAUCACAACCUGACAAUUUACGAGGCAGACGAACUUACGGACAUGCGACUCAAAGUGAGGCACUGGAAGGAGAAGGAAAUCAACAGUGAGGAGAAGAGACUCCAAGGCGGCUGUCCCAUGACUCCUCGCGAAGCUGCAGUCUUCCUUAAAGCUAUGGGGUAUCCUUCCACCACAAAGAUAUACAUUGUGGCUGGUGAAAUAUACGGUGCACAUAGCAUGGAUGCGUUAAAAGUUGAAUACCCAAACAUCUACACACACUACAGUCUAUCCACAGUAGAUGAAUUAGAACCGCUUGAGUUGUAUCAAAACAGGCUAGCUGCGGUGGAUUAUAUAGUAGCUCUUCAGAGUGAUGUUUUUGUUUAUACAUAUGAUGGAAAUAUGGCCAGAGCAGUUCAGGGUCACAGAAGAUUUGAAGGAUUCCGGAAAACUAUAAACCCUGAUAGGCUGAAGUUUGUGGAGCUCAUUGACAAGAUGGACGAAGGUUCUAUAGACUGGAACGAAUUUCAAACUGAGGUGAAGAAGCAUCAUGAAAACAGACUUGGAGGUCCAUACGACAGAUUACCAGGUGAAAGUCCAAGGCAAGAGGAAUACUUCUACUCAAAUCCUAUCCCCGGGUGCCUCUGCAGAAAGGUACAAAAAAACAAGGUGAAAUAGAUUUAUCUCAAAGGGAGAUGAUCCGGUCUUCAAGAGGGCAUGAAUUCUUCAAAGGAAAACAGCUUCAGCACCUGCAACAUGGAUGGAGACGACACUUCCUCACAAGUCACAGAUUGCAUCACAAGGAAGUCCAAGUAAACUGACAAUUUAUCCUAGGCUGGCUGACCUUACAUGUAGUUCAGGGCAUGGGGCCAAGAUAAGUGCUGCGUUUUCAAAGAUUUGUCCAUCAAAGGGUGAAAGAAGAGAUCCUGAAGUGCUAGAAGAAUUAAUGUAUCAUCAAUUAUAGGAACAGCCAGAAUGAAAGCUCUUCAUUGAGGCUGAUUGUAGUUAGCCGACACACAUUUCUCAUGUUCUUGACGCUAUCUGAUUCGUUGUAGUGGACAUCUUACCUCCAGAUGGAUUCAUAACAGCGAUGGAACAAGCCGCCUUCAGUAUAAACGAAAGACAAACAUACUUUAGUAGGUUAGGUCAGAUCAAUAAAUAUUUGUAAAGCUAGCAGAAAUGCCAGUGAUAUGCCAGAUACAUCAAAUUUA